CUGACUCCUGUUUCGAAGGAAAAUUUAAUCCAUCUUGCCCCAAUGCAUUUGUUGUCCUGAGAGCUAGGUGAACUACCUUUGACUGUUUCCCUGGGAUUAUGUCACCCACCGAGGUAACUUUCUGUUUCAGUAGGUGAUGUCAAGAAACAAAACAACACCCUUUAAGUGGAUCAGUUUUGGAAAAUAGAGACCUGCUUUAUCUCCCAGGUCUUUGAUGUGUUCAGUGGUUCCUGUAAGGAUCUGCCUCUCUUUUGUGUUGAUUGACAAGACCUUUCCUAUAUAUUUGAGCAGUCAAGCAGCCCAGGAACAGAGGGUAGAGACAUUUACCCAGAGCGAGCUUCUACCACCCAUUGUGACUUGCCGAGACCUUGGGCAAGUGUGAGCUCAAGAGAAGAGUUGGCUCCCGCAAGAGCAGCAUGAAGCUGGCGUACCUGUUCCUCGGCCCCAUGGCCCUCCUCCUCCUGGCUGGCUGCUGCUGUGUCCUCAGCACCUCCAGCGGGAACCUGCGCACCUUUGUGGGCUGUGCCGUCAGGGAGUUUACUUUCCUGGCCAAGAAGCCGGGCUGCAGGGGCCUUCGGAUCACCACCGAUGCCUGCUGGGGCCGCUGUGAGACCUGGGAGAAGCCCAUUCUGGAGCCCCCCUACAUCGAAGCCCACCAUCGAGUCUGUACCUACAACGAGACCAAACAAGUGACCGUCAAGCUGCCCAACUGUGCCCCGGGGGUCGACCCUUUCUACACCUACCCCGUGGCCGUCCGCUGUGACUGCGGGGCCUGCUCCACUGCCACCACCGAGUGCGAGACCAUCUGACGCUGGCGUGGCCUGCAGCACGGAUGGCAGCCUUGAGCUACGCAGACCCACCGGCACGGGCAGCACCAGCAGCACC